AUGCGGGUUCUCGUUCAGGAACGUGAUGGCGUUCUCCCGCCCUUGCACCCUGCCAUGGCGCGCACACGGAGCAUGGGGGACGGAGACAAGGAGAACGGGAGAGUGGGGGAAGGAGGAGCGGUGGUCAAGGAGGGAGGGGCAAAUGGAAGAGCCUUCUCACCUCAUCCCACCUCAUCCCCCUCCUUUCUCACCUCAUUCCCUUUUUUCUUACCUCAUUUCCCCCUUUCUCACCUCAUCUCCUCCCUUCUCACCUCAUCCCCCCCCCUUCUCACCUCGUCCCCCCCUUUCUCACCUCAUCCCACUCCCUCUCACCUCACCCACCCUCCUCACCUUACCCCUCCCCACCCUCCCCCCUUCUCACCCCCCCCCCAUGCUCUCACCGAAAGCUCUCCUCUCUCCGCAUUCCCCCUGUCACAGCAUGCCCCGCCCCCCUCACCCCAUGCCCCGCCCCUCUCAUCACAUUCCCUCCCCCCCCCCUCGGACCACAUUUCCCCCCGCCCCUCUCCCCGCAUCUCGUCCUUAGCUGCACCAGUAGCCGUUCCCUCUAACCUUCCCCCUCUACUCACUUUCCCCCUCUACUCACUUUCCCCCUCCCCCACUCAUAUCCCCCCCUCCUCCUCUUCUCACUCCCCCGCCGCUCUCCGCUCACCGCAUUCCAGCACACACCCCUGCUCCGCGCACACAGGCCGCACAAGGGGGGCAGAGGGGGCAGAGAGAGCAGAGGGGGCAGAUGCGGAAGAGGGGGAAGAGGGGGAAGAGGGGGAAGAGGGGGAAGAGGGGGCAGAGGGGGCAGAGGGGGCAGAGCAUGAAGCAUAUGCAUGGCAAUUCCAGGAUCAUGUCGGGGAGGCUGCACCCACAUGCGAAGGAGAGGAGAAGGGAGAAGCGGAGGAGAGGAGAGGAGCGGGGGAGAGGAGCGGGGGAGAGGAGCGGGGGAGAGCGUGGGGCCUGAGUGUGGAUAGUGAUGGAGGUGGGCGGGGGCAGGGGGGCAUAAGGCCACAUGAACUUGGCUCAUUCCCUGCCUCAAGGCGGAUCACCGCGCCCACACAUCACCACGCCGUCCUCCCCAUCUCUUCCUCCACCCCUUCUCCCCCUUUCUUUCCCCCAUUCCGCACCUUCUGGCGCAUCUGGUUGAGGAAGAUGACAGUGCACUUGGACCUGCUCGCAGUCGCGCUCAGCUUCUUGAGCACCUUGGACAUCAGGCGCGCCAGCAGCCCUAUCGACUCCUGCCCCAUCUCGCUCUGA